AUGAAUGAUUUUGACAUUAUUGAGUCGCAUCUUGCGAAAAUUAAGGAACUCAGAAGUCAGGUAGAAGGCAUUGAAAAGACUAAUUUUAACAAUAUUAAUAACAAAGCCAUUAUAGACAAAAAUUUUGAGAUUUCAAUAAGUUCUGAAAGUACCAUCCAAGAAAGAUGUAAAUCUAUAAAUCUUCUUUACCUUGUUGGACAGAAGAAGCUUAUUAGAGAGAUAAUCCAGGACCAAAAUCCUUCUAGCCUUAAGAUUUUGGUUAAAAGAAUGAUUGAUACACCUCCAAUUGGUGAUUCUAUAGAGAAAAUGUCAAGUAACAGAAACACAUGGAUUGAUGAGUCUAUUUGGCAGUUAUCUAAAAUUAGGAGUGAAGAUACUUCUAAUGUUACCACUGUUAAUGAUAAUAAUGGCAGAGAUAAGAAUUUAUCAGAGAUUCUGGAAUCUUUAAAUGAUUAUAAACAUCACUUUGACUCUUCCUUACAGUUAAGUGGAGCUCUAAAUCUAACAAUUGGGAUGCUCAAUAAUUCUGACAAGGAAAUCUCCAAUUCUUCCUCUUCCUCAAAGUAG